UUAAGUAUUUCCCGUAAUUAUUAUUUUAUUUUAUUUGUACUAUUCCAGUUAAGCGGUAAAAUCUGACAUUGCUUGGUUUCUGAGAAAUCUCAGCGGGCUAAGACCCAAGUUUUGCGUAUUUAAAGUGUCCAGCCGUCCCAUUUCUUAGCGGAAGAAGCUGUGGUCUCUUCUCCAGUUUUCCCUCCUUACACAGAGCUACUGUCUCCACUUCUCUUCAGUCUUCUCUUUCUUCUCUUACAGUCUUGUUCUAUUUUCUUUCUUGCCUUCUUUUGGAGGAAUACUGAUACAGGCAAUUUGAAGGUCACAGAUAACCAGGAAAAAUGGUGAAGAUCUGUUGUAUUGGAGCUGGGUAUGUCGGGGGACCUACCAUGGCUGUGAUCGCACUGAAGUGUCCUUCAGUUGAAGUGGUUGUUGUGGACAUUUCUGUUCCUCGGAUCACAGCCUGGAACAGUGAUCAGCUCCCCAUCUAUGAGCCCGGCCUUGAAGAUGUGGUGAAGCAGUGCAGAGGAAGGAACCUUUUCUUCAGCACUGAUGUAGAGCAACAUGUGUUUGAGGCAGAUAUAAUUUUUGUCUCUGUCAACACCCCAACCAAAACUCGGGGCCUUGGUGCAGGCAAAGCUGCAGACCUGACCUACUGGGAGAGUGCAGCACGCAUGAUAGCUGAUGUUGUGAAAUCUGACAAGAUUGUGGUUGAAAAGUCAACAGUCCCAGUCAAAACGGCUGAGGCAAUUGAAAAGAUUCUGACCCAUAACAGCAAGGGCAUCAACUUCCAAAUUCUUUCAAACCCAGAGUUCCUUGCUGAGGGUACUGCAAUCCAAGAUCUUCUCAAGCCCGACCGAGUACUCAUCGGAGGUAGGGAAACCCCAGAAGGGCAGAAAGCAAUCCAGGUGUUGAAGGAUGUCUAUGCCCAAUGGGUGCCUGAAGAUCGAAUCAUAACAACCAACCUGUGGUCUGCAGAACUUUCCAAGCUGGCCGCGAAUGCCUUCCUGGCCCAGAGGAUCUCAUCUGUCAAUGCCAUGUCAGCACUCUGUGAGGCAACUGGUGCAGAUGUUUCCCAGGUGUCUCAUGCUGUUGGUAAAGACACAAGGAUUGGACCCAAGUUCCUCAAUGCCAGUGUGGGUUUUGGCGGAUCCUGCUUCCAGAAGGAUAUCCUCAACCUGGUUUACAUCUGUGAGUGCAAUGGCCUCACUGAAGUAGCAAAUUACUGGAAACAGGUGAUUGACAUCAAUGACUACCAGAAGAACCGUUUUGUUAACCGGGUUGUCUCCUCCAUGUUCAACACAGUUUCUGGUAAGAAGAUAGCUAUUCUUGGAUUUGCAUUCAAGAAGGACACUGGCGACACAAGAGAAACCCCUGCUAUUGAUGUUUGCAAGGGGUUAUUGGGUGACAAGGCACGCUUGAGCAUCUAUGACCCACAGGUGAGUGAGGAUCAGAUCCAGAGGGAUCUCACAAUGAAGAAGUUUGACUGGGAUCACCCACUUCAUCUCCAGCCCACGAGUCCCACCUCUGUGAAGCAAGUGAGCGUUGUUUGGGAUGCAUACGAGGCAACAAAGGAUGCCCAUGGUGUAUGCAUUCUGACAGAGUGGGAUGAAUUCAAGACACUUGAUUAUCAGAGGAUAUAUAAUAACAUGCAGAAACCUGCAUUUGUGUUUGAUGGAAGGAACAUUGUGAAUGUGGACAAGCUUAGGGAGAUUGGUUUCAUUGUUUAUUCGAUUGGCAAGCCCCUUGAUCCAUGGCUCAAGGACAUGCCUGCUGUGGCAUAAGAGAGAAACAUAAACAAAGGUAUCACUUCUGAUUGGUGUUGUGGCGUUUAGCACUGAAAUCUGGGAGAGGCUGUUUGAUUCUUUCAGAACUCAAAAUAGAGAUCUAAAACAAAAGAACAAGGGAUUUUGUCUUCUGUUCUAGUCGUGGAUUCCUAUGCUUCUUUCUUUUGCCAAAUGAAGUCAUCUAUCAUGUUAUAGUGGAGGUAAUCGGCUGUGUUUUGCUUUAUAGUUUUUUGGUUAAUGUAAUACUGAUACUUAAUCAAUUAUUAAUGGAUUAUUUGAAUCAAUGUGUUUCUGUACUUGGCUUA